CCAGCGGGAGAGAGAGCGAGAGAGAGAUGGAGCCGGGUUAGGGGCGCAGAGAGAGAGAGAGAGAGAGAGAGACUGGUUUUAGUUUUACACACAGCAGAAUCGGGGUUUGGGCAUGGAAGGGCUGGCCAUGCUGAAGCAGUUCAUCGGUCAGCUUCAGGAGUUCUUGGACCUCUACGACUCUCACCUUCCUCUUCUUCCUUCUUCUUCUUCUUCUUCCUCUUUCAUCCUUCAACCUUCUCAGCAACUCUUUCUUUCACACCCUCUCUUCCUUCACCAACGCCGCAGAUGGUGCUUCCUUGAUAUUGAUGAUUACUCUGUAGAUGAUUGCCAAGGACUUGUAAUGGCAGCCGGAAAGUCUGGAAGUUUCAACAUGUUGGAGCCUUUAAAGCCUCCACCUGCCAAGAAAUGUCGGAAAGAGAGAAGCAAGGGGAAAUCAUCUGGUUUGUCUUGUGCAACUGAAGUUAUGGAACCUCAAAUCUGGAAGGAUUUUCCUGAAGAUUUAUUAGAGGCUGUCAUUGCACGACUUCCCAUUGCCACAUUUUUCCGCUUCCGCUCCGUAUGCAGGCAGUGGAAUUCCUUGCUGACUUCUCAAAGCUUUUUUCAGCAUUAUUCUCAAGUUCCGCUAGCGAGCCCCUGGUUUUACACCAUAACUCAUGAAAAUGUUAAUUCAGGAGCCAUUUAUGAUCCUGCUUUGAAAAAAUGGUACCAUCCUGCAAUGUCAAUGCUACCUGCAAAGAUGAUUGUUCUGCCAGUGGCUUCUGCAGGGGGGCUUGUUUGCUUUCUUGACAUUGGUCACCAAAACUUCUAUGUCUGUAACCCUCUGACCCAAUCUUUCAGGGAGUUGCCAGCUCGAUCAGUUAAGGUCUGGUCUCGGGUGGCAGUAGGAAUGACACUAAAUGGGAAUUCAACUAGCAAUGGCUACAGGAUCCUAUGGGUCGGGUGUGAUGGAGAGUAUGAAAUCUAUGACUCAGUGAAAAAUUCUUGGAUUCGUCCAGGAAAAAUGCCUGCCAACAUCAAGAUGCCAUUAUCUCUCAACUUUAGGUCACAGGCCAUUUCAGUUGAUAAUAUGCUAUAUUUCAUGCGGACCAAUCCAGAAGGGGUUGUCUCCUAUGAUAUGGUCACUGGGGUUUGGAAACAGUACAUAAUUCCAGCCCCAGUGCAUCUGACUGACCACACACUUGCCGAGUGUGAUGGACGGAUCAUUCUCGUGGGGCUGCUGACAAAGAAUGCGGCCACAUGCGUAUGCAUAUGGGAGCUGCAGAAAAUGACGCUCUUGUGGAAGGAGGUUGACAGAAUGCCAAACAUCUGGUGCUUAGACUUUUAUGGAAAGCGCGUUAGGAUGACUUGCCUGGGAAACAAAGGCUUGCUCAUGUUGUCCUUGAGAUCAAGGCAGAUGAAUCGGUUGGUUACUUACAACAUGGCGAGCAGAGAAUGGCUCAAAGUUCCUGGGUGUAUGGUGCCGCGAGGGAGAAAGCGGCAAUGGAUAGCAUGUGGGACUGCGUUUCGCCCCAGCCUCACUGCAAUGGCUUGAUUUAGUUUGUAUCUGCAACAGCAAUGGCAUUGAUGCUUAUGUAUGUUGUUGUUUCGACUCUCAUUGUGAUUUUAACAAAGUAGAAUAGGAAAAGGUGGUUUGGUUUCAUGUUCCAAAUGCCUAAUCCUCAAACGUUUCUGUUUGCUCCUGUCUUCCUGGGUUCUACAAUAAGCUUGUAGUUUAAUUUGGAAAUGGUUGGACAACCUAUUUUUGUAGAAUAUGAGAAGGUGGUUUGUCAGUGUGAGAUGAAUACUUUGGUUGUGUUCUAAAUGCGUAAUCCUCGGACGUUUCUCUGAAAUUUGAUCUUGCUCCUGUUUAGUUUA